AAUCCAAUAUGGCCGCCAAUGAGAAGAAAAUAUCCUGGAUAUACAUGUUUAGUUGAAAAACUCGGCCAGAAUGCUUUAAAGACGUCCGUUUUAAAAUAUUGCAAUUUGUUUAGGGAGUGUUAUGCGUAAAAAAAUAUUUGGGGGAUGGUCAUAUUCUCGAAAUGUCUCGUCCACCAGAUAAACUUAAGACACGUUUGAAGCAAUUUCUGGGGUUAAAGCGUGAUGCAAGUGGUUCACUCUCACCACAACUCCCACCAAUUGUUGUAGAGGAACCUGUCGAAUGCGACGAGCUUCUUAAGGAAAUUUGCCCUGAAUCUGGAAAUAGCCAGUCAUCACGUGCCCGUGUUUUGAAAGAGCUUUGUGAGGUUGUUGCAGCAAAGCAGUUGGAAGAGCAUGCAGUUGAGGCUUUGUGGUUGGCUGUUAAAGAUCUGCUACCAGCAGAAAAUCCGCCUGAUAUUCGACAUGUUACACUCCAAUUUUUGACUUCACUUGUCACAGGACAGUAUUCAAAUCUGAAACUAUUACGGGCCCAUUUCUUCACGGUUAUUGAAAACCAUGACAUUCCAGAGGAUUUAACACAAAGGUUAGAAUUUCUCAAAGCUUUGUCUGCCGAUGGUAAAGAUAUUGUGUUCUUUGAAGAAAGAAUUGGUCCGUUUUUAUUAUCCUUGAUGUCAGCAGUAAUGUUUGGAGGAAAGUUGCAUGUCUUCUUGCCAUUGCUGCGAAAUUUCAUUCGAUACAACUCAAGUUACCUUGACGAUGAUGUUGUUUUUGGUUUGGUGAAGCACACUUGUGAAAUAUCUACGACAACAGAAAAAGAGAGUGACCUUGAGCAUUCUCUGGCUAUCCUUGAUGCAGUCAUACGCUACAGUUCUUUGCCUUCAAGUGCUCUUUACUUGUUUCUUGUGGCAGUUUGUCAUACAGUGAAUAUUGCACAUUUCUGUGAGCCAAGUUGGAGGCUCAUGAGACAUUUACUUGGAACACACCUUGGUCAUAAUGGGGUUCUCACAAUGUGUUGCAUUCUGGAAGAUAGCAGGCAACUAAUAAAGCUUAUUUUUCUUUAUAACAGCAAAAACUGGAAGAAAUCGACAUUAUUGCGAGGAGCUAUUUUCUUCGUUGGAAUGUGUUUGUGGGGAUCAAAGAAAGUGUCCAGUUUAAAACAUAAACCUGUUGCUGUUUUACCAUCUUUCUACAAGGUCUUGUCGUGUGAUGAUGAGAGUGUGAUAUGUGAAGUGACUUUAUCCAUGCAAAGAUUAGUGAAGAAAUAUGGAUUAAAACAACACGAUACUGCAUGGGAAUCUAUUCUUGACAUAACCUCAACACUUCAGGAAUAUGUUGAGGUAGGCCAUUGUCGUUCUGUGGCAGAAAACUUUCAUGUUCUGUUGUCGUACAUUGAAGAAUUGUAUGAGAAAAAUGAGUUCAACGGCUCUGCUGACAAACUGUUUGAUAUCGUCGCUAAAUGCACGAAAAAGAGACCAGAAUCCUCAGUUAUUCUCCUGGUUUCUCAUCGUGCCCAGUCUCUUCAUCCUUACUGCGAAAACUGGUUUGAAAAUAUUAAAAAUUUGGUGGAGAAAUACUUCAAAUGUGAAGAGAGGACGGCCAUCAGAAUUAAAGUUCUAAAUGUGCUUUGUAACAUAUUAGGAACGUUAUCUCCGCUAUAUGAGGAAGAAAUACUUGAGAAUUCAGUGUUGCCAUAUUUAGACCACAUUGCCAAAGAUCGGGAUAUUUCUGUGCGGAUCCGAGCUGUCCAGCUUCUGGUCGAUGUUAUUGAAUCCUCUGAUUCACCGAAAGUUUGCGAUGUUUUGCAUAUAAUUGAGAAGAUUGCCCACUGUCCAGUAGACCCUCUCAAGCGAUACGUUAAGCCGUCAUGUAAAGAACAGCCUCAGGAUGAAACAGCGUUGAAGGACAUCAAAGAGGCUGUAUUAGGAUUAGUACGCUUGUUCAAGGUGAAAUUGUUUCGUAAACCUCAAGAACAAGCCGAACGAAUAUUCAAUAUCUUAGUGUACCACAUAAAAACGCAUUAUGACAAUGGCUAUCGGACGUAUAUUGCAUCGGAAAUACGACUUGCGAUUCUUCAAUGUUUCCUCAGUCUGCGAGCUGACAAUUGUCAACGUCUAGGCCUUGUGCAAGACAAAAGUGGAAAAGUUAAAUUCACUUCGUAUUUUGUUUGUGAAUGGGAGGUGUUGGAUGUUGUUCUGAGAAACUUUCCAGAGGCACUGCAAGAUAAAAACUUGAUACUUUCUGGAAAGCAAUACUUAAGUUCAAUAUGUACAGUGUUAUCUAAGAUGGUUUCAAAUUAUGAUUUUCUUCCUGGAUUAUUUCGUCGUACUUUGGAGAUUGGUUUGGUUGCUCAUUCAGCGACGUUAUGCGUAUCUUGUCUCACCAUAUGUAUGUUAGAAAUGCCUUCAACUGCUCAACAUAUCUGGAAAACAUUGUCACAGCUUCGUGAUUUGUACAAAAACUUCACAGCGAUCCAGUUGAAACAAGUCUUUGGAAUAUGUUUGCCUUACACAGAAUCAUCGAGAUACUCUGAAUACACGGUAACUCUUGCUCAUAAUGUCAUUUCAUCCUGG